GGCGGGGUAGGAGGGAUCCAACGUGGGAGGAGGGGGUGAACCCGGACCCAGGCAUAACGGAUACGCCCGAGUUCGCGCUCCGCGCUCACCGCCCUUUCUGGUGGCCGCCCCCUUGGCGAGACUCUGCUCUCGCGAUAUUUGCCUCUAGUAUCGCGGGGUUUGGCGUGGCACUGGGCGGCCGGCCCCAGGAGGAGGAGGAGGAGGAGGAGGAGGUGGCUUUCAGUUAGUGACGUUGGGCUCUGGGGUUGCCGAUAGUGCGUUUUCCUCCGGUAACCCGGAGCUGUGGAGCCAGCUUCCGCCGCCACCUCGCUCGCGAUGGGUGCGCAGGACCGGCCGCAGUGCCACUUCGAUAUCGAGAUCAACCGGGAGCCGGUUGGUCGCAUUAUGUUUCAACUCUUCUCAGACAUAUGUCCAAAAACAUGCAAAAACUUCCUUUGCUUGUGCUCAGGGGAGAAAGGCCUUGGGAAAACAACUGGGAAGAAGUUAUGUUAUAAAGGUUCUACAUUCCACCGUGUGGUUAAAAACUUUAUGAUUCAGGGUGGGGACUUCAGUGAAGGUAAUGGAAAAGGUGGAGAAUCAAUUUAUGGUGGCUAUUUUAAAGAUGAAAACUUUAUUCUCAAACAUGACAGAGCGUUCCUUUUGUCAAUGGCAAAUCGAGGGAAACAUACCAAUGGUUCCCAGUUUUUCAUAACUACAAAGCCUGCUCCACACCUGGAUGGAGUUCAUGUUGUCUUUGGACUGGUUAUUUCUGGUUUUGAAGUAAUUGAACAGAUUGAAAAUCUGAAAACUGAUGCUGCAAGCAGACCUUAUGCAGAUGUCCGAGUUAUUGACUGUGGGGUGCUUGCCACAAAGUCAGCAAAAGAUGUUUUUGAGAAAAAAAGGAAGAAACCAACAUAUUCAGAAGACUCGGAUUCUUCUUCCAAUUCCUCUUCCUCUUCAGAAUCAUCUUCAGAAAGUGAAAUUGAACGAGAGAGAAGCAGAAGGAGGAAACGUAAGAGGAGACCAAAAGUUAAACACACUAAAAAGAGACGAAAGGAAGUAAGCAGUUCAGAGGAACCAAGGAAUAAGCGCACAGUGAGCCCUGAAGGUCAUUCUGAAAGGAGUGAUACUAAUGAAAAAAGAUCAGCUGAUUCAAAUGCUAAAAGGGAAAAGCCUGUUGUCCGCCCAGAAGAGAUUCCUCCAGUGCCUGAGAACCGAUUUUUACUUAGAAGAGAUAUGCCUGCUGUCACUGUGGAGCCUGAACCGAAGAUUCCAGAUGUUGCACCUGUUGUAAAUGAUCAGAAACCAUCUGUAUCAAAGUCUGGACGGAAGAUUAAAGGAAGAGGCACAAUUCGAUACCACACACCUCCAAGGUCAAGAUCUUGUUCUGAGUCAGAAGAUGACGACAGCAGUGAAACUCCUCCUCACUGGAAAGAGGAGAUGCAGAGAUUGAGAGCAUACAGACCACCAAGUGGAGAGAAGUGGAGUAAAGGAGAUAAGUUAAGUGACCCCUGUUCAAGCCGAUGGGAUGAAAGAAGCUUGUCCCAAAGAUCCAGAUCAUGGUCCUAUAAUGGAUAUUAUUCAGAUUUUAGUACAGCAAGACACUCUGAUGGUCACCACAAAAAACGCAGGAAGGAAAAAAGAGUUAAGCAUAAAAAGAAAGCUAAAAAGCAGAAGCAUUGUAGAAGACACAAACAGACUAAGAAGAGAAGAGUCAUGCCACCUGACAUGAAACCCUCAAAAUCUCCCACUCAACGAUUAAAGUCCUCUUGUGAUAGAGAAAGGAGAUCUCGAUCCUCCUCCUCCUCCCCAUUGUCUCCUCAUUCAUCAAAGAGGUACUGGUCUAAAUCUGACAAAGAUGACCAGAGCUCUUCAACACACUCCAGCAGAGACUCCUACAGAUCUAAGUCCCACUCACGGUUGGAUUCUAGACGAAGCUCAAGAUCAAGGACUCUGUCAAAAUCCUUGUCACAUUCUCACAGUAGAUCAAAGUCCAGAUCUAGUUCCAAGUCAGGGCGCCAAAGAACAGCAUCAAAGUCACCAAGAAAUACUCAUUUGAGUGAAAGUAAGGCAGUUAAGACAGAACCUUUAAGGUCAACAAUACCACAAAAUGGAAAUGUAAUAGUACAGCCAGUGGUGGCAGAAAAUGUUCCUGUAAUACCAUUGAGUGACAGUCCACCCCCUUCAAGGUGGAAGCCUGGACAGAAGCCAUGGAAGCCCUCUUAUGAGCGAAUUCAAGAGAUGAAGGCUAAAACAACCCACUUACUGCCCAUCCAAAGCACCUAUAGUUUAGCAAAUAUUAAGGAGACUGGAAGCUCAUCAUCUUAUCACAAAAGAGAAACAAAUUCAGAAAGUGAUCGAAGUGCUUAUUCAAAAUACAGUGACAGAAGUUCUGAAAGUUCUCGAAGAUCGGGGAGCAAGUCUUCUAGGAGUGUAUCUUACUCUAGAUCAUACACAAGAUCAAGGUCACAUACUCUGGCUAGUUCACAUUCAAGGUCUAGGUCUCCAUCGUCUAGGUCUCAUUCACAAAAUAAAUAUAGUGAUCAUUCCCAGCAAAGUAGAUCAUCUUCAUACACUUCCGUUAGCAGUGAUGGUAGGAGACGAGCCACGAGGAAAUUUAGAUCCAGUGGGAAAAAAAGUAUCACUUCAAAUAAAAGACACAGCAGCAGUCCUGAAAAGGCACUUCCAAGUAAAUAUAUGAAAUGUAGAGCAAAGUCUUUGUGUCACAGAAAGUAUAGUGAAAAUAGGUCAUCUUUAGAUGAUUCUAUGGACAGCGAACAGUCAAGUAUUCAAGGUAUGCACUCAGCCCCAGAGAAGGAGAAGCAGGGAAAAAUGGAAGUAAUUAGUGAUAAACAGGAAAAGGGCAGAAAUGAGGGGAAAUCCAAGCCUGAAUGGGAAUGUGCUCAUUCAGAAAAGAGAACUUUGAAAGACAAUCUUUCUGAUCACUCUAGAAAUGGCAGUAAAUCCAGAAGGAAGAAUUGUGCUGGGAGUAAAUGGGAUUCUGAGUCAAAUUCAGAAAGAGAUGUAACUAAGAACAGUAAAAAUGAUUCCCGGCGGUCCUCUGAUAAGGAAGAAGGUGAGGCCACUUCAGAUUCCGAAUCAGAGGUUAGUGAAAGUCAUGUCAAAACCAAACCCCCAACAAAAUCUUUAGCAAACAGUUCUCUGCCUGACAGUAAUGGUGCUUGGAAAUCCAGGAGACCACAAUCUUCAGCCUCUGAUUCAGAGGGCUCCUGGUCCAACUUAGGAAACAACAGAGCAGAGUCUCAAAAGCAUAAACGAGGGUCAAAGGAAAGUCUUAAAAGAGAACAAACAAAAAAAGUGAAAGAGAAAUUGAAAGCAAAAAAAGACAAAAAACACAAGGCUCCAAAGCGAAAACAGGCCUUUCACUGGCAGCCUCCACUAGAGUUUGGUGAAGAGGAAGAGGAAGAGAUUAAUGAAAAGCAAGUUACUCAGGAGUCAAAAGAGAAGAAACAAAUAUCUGGAAAGUGUGAAACUAUAAAAGAUAGUAUUCUGAAAAUAGAGAAAUCCUGUGAUGAGGGCAGCUUUUCAAAUAAGCGUAAUAAAGGGACUGUUUCAGAACAUGAUGGGCUUGCAGAGGAUGAUAGUAAGCCUGACACUUGUUCAGAACCUUUACAAGUUGAGGGGAAUGCCACUAGCUCUCCUCCCAGCACCCAGCACAUUGAAGAGACUAUCCCAGCUGGAGUGGAGGAUGUGCUUCAGACAGAUGACAACAUGGAGAUUUGCACCCCUGAUAGGAAUUCCCCUUCAAAAGGAGAGGGGGCAUCCCCUUUAGCAAAUCGCAGGCCUGACAGUCCAGAGGUAAGCAGUGUUCCAAAACAGGAUGAGCACAUGGCAAACCCUGGAGUAGAAGGAACAAAGCAAGAAAGCAGUGUUUCUGAAAGUAAAAUCCUGGGUGAAGCUGGGAAACAGGACUGCAGUUCUGCCAGAUUGGCAAGUACUAUAGAAAUUGCUGGAAAGAAGAACGGGGCUGAGAAAGGUCAGAUAAACCUCACAGAUAAUAAAUGGAAGCCCCUGCAAGGUGUAGGGAACCUAGCAGUACCUACUACGACCAUGUCCAGUACUCUUGAAGUGAAGGCAUUGGCUACUGUGCCUGAAGUGAAGCCACAAGGCUUGAGAAUAGAAAUCAAAAGCAAAAAUAAAGUUCGGCCAGGGUCUCUCUUUGAUGAAGUAAGAAAGACAGCACGCCUAAACCGGAGGCCAAGGAAUCAAGAGAGUUCCAGUGAUGAGCAGACUCCUAGUCGGGAUGGGGAUAGCCAGUCCAGGAGUCCACACAGAUCUCGAAGUAAAUCUGAAACCAAGUCUCGACACAGAACAAGAUCUGUCUCCUACAGUCACUCAAGAAGUCGUUCUAGAAGUUCCACAUCAUCUUAUCGAUCAAGAAGCUACUCUAGAAGCCGGAGCAGAGGGUGGUACAGCAGAGGCCGAACCCGCAGCCGGAGCAGCUCUUACCGCAGUUACAAAAGCCACAGGACAUCCAGCAGGAGCAGGUCCAGGAGCAGCUCGUAUGACCCCCACAGUCGUUCCAGGUAUAGGGAAGGUGGGGCAACCUCCAAAAAGUUGUGGGUGCUGGGGAUUGAGCUCAAGGACUCAGGCAUGAUAAAUAGGUCCUACACUUACGAUAGCUACUACAGUAGAAGUCGCAGCCGGAGUCGCAGCCAGAGGAGUGACAGUUACCACCGAGGCAGAAGUUACAAUAGGCGGUCCAGGAGUGGUAGAUCUUACGGCUCUGACAGUGAAAGUGAUGGAAGUUACUCUCAUCAUCGGAGCCCCAGUGAGAGCAGCCGAUAUAGUUGAAAACAUCUCAUAUAUGUAAUAUAUACAUAUACAAAUUGUAUCUUAACUGUACAUAUCUGGUAACUUAAAGGCUUAAGAAACUUGAUGACAGUUUGUUGUGUUUCAGUAUUAGAGCUCAAAUUCAAAGAUACUUUUUACUUGUCACUUAGUUACAUGUGUACAGAAGAAUUUAAAAUACAAAUAUGUCUGAGAAAUAUUUUUAUUCUGCAUUUUAAAGUAACCAGCUAUGGAAUUUUCAUUUUCUUGAAUCAAGAAGUGAAACUUAAGCCGGGUGUGGUGGUGCAUGCCUUUAGUCCUAGCACUUGGGAGGCAGAAGCAGGUGAAUCUCUGUGAGAUAAAGGCCAGCC